AUUAUCUCUUUCCGCUGUCCUACAGUACAGCCCCCAUGGACAUUUAGUACUUGUGCUCUGCUGUCUUUCUCAUCCUCUACUUCAUGCUUUGCUCAAGGUAUAGUCCACAAAACAUUAUCUACUUCUUGAAUUCUAUAUGUCAAGAAGAAAGCUAUAUGCAUAAUUAUUUACGGCUGUCCCUUUCUUAUAUCUUCACAUAUUACAAACAACAGUGUAAAUACAGCUCUUAACCAGCAGCUAGCUAGGGCUGUAAAGCAAACUGGCUGUCUUUCUCAUGAACUGUGUUUUCACUACGCUUGCAGAGACGACGACGACGACGAUGAUGAUAGUUUUGAAGUGAAAAUGACUGGAGAAUUGUUAUAUCAGCUUAGUUAAAGCGUGUGUGUGUGUGUGUAUAUAUGUAUGUCGUUCUCGCGCUCCAGUUCUUUAUAGCUGCUUGAAUUUGAUACAAAAGGGUUAGGUUUUUUUUCUUGUUUUUUUUGUUUUUUCCAAAUCAAACCAAAGAUUUAUUAUUUGUUAUAUAGCAGAAAUGUUUCCGUCAAGCAGCGACAUUAAUGUCGACCCCAUCUACUACUGUAAUGACCAACAAGUUUACAGUAGAACCUUUUUGAAUGAUCAUCAACAUCAAGAUCAUCAGCUUCCUAACUUCUCAUUCUUUCACUUGCCCACCACACCCUUUUCUCCUUGCUAUGAUGAUCAGUUACAGUUACAUGAUCAUGACCAUGGUAAUAUAUUCCUUCAUAAUGAUCAAACCAUUGAUAUUCUACUUCACCACCACCACCACCAAAAACCUACUGCUACACUUUCUGAUACAACUAUUUUACCUGCUGCUGUUAGUAAUGGUGUUAAAGUUGAAGAAUUAACCAAAAUCUGCAGUAAAGAAUCACUUAACAGUAAUAUUACUCAAGAGCAGCAGAUGGGUACUUCGAGAAAGCGAUCUUCAAAGAGAGAUCGUCACAGCAAAAUUAAUACAGCUCAAGGACCACGAGACAGGCGAAUGAGGUUGUCUCUUAAAGUUGCUCGUGAAUUCUUUGAUUUACAAGACAAGCUUUGCUUUGAUAAAGCUAGCAAAACUGUAGAGUGGCUUCUUAUUCAGGCUAAAUCAGCUAUCAAGAUGCUUAAUGAUGGUCCUAUGAGUAAUAAUAAUUGCAGUGCAUCUUCUAUUUCUGAGUCUGAAGUUGUGUCUGCUGAAAUUCAUGAGUCUGCUGAUGCUCCUAAUAAGCAAAACAUUUCUAAAGAUAAACCCUCAGCGUCAUCAUUAAGUGUUAACAAAAAAGGGAUGAAAAGGGCUAAAGCGCCGCGUAAAGCUGUAAUCCACCCGUUUGCGAAGGAAUUGAGAGAGAAGGCGAGGGAAAGAGCAAGGGAAAGAACACGAGAAAAGGCGCUACAGGUCAAUCGAAGGACAAUCAUGGAUGAAUCGAGGCGAUCGGAUGAAGGAAAAAGCCAUGAAUUGAGCCAAAGAAGCUGUGUAAGUCCUUUUGAAACUACUACUACUACUGGUGAAGAAUCUACUGGUAAUCUUUCCAUGGAGAUAUUGACUGAUCAGAUCGAACAAGUACCGAUAAGUUCUCAUGAUCAGCAGCAACAGCAAGAUGACAGAUUAUUAGUUACAGCAGAGAGCUGCAUGAUUGAUGAUCCAUUGGUGAUCAUGGGGAAGUGGAGCCCUUAUUAUAUCAAUCAUCUCUACAACAAUAGCAUACCUCAAGAGUUGCACAACCAGCAAAUCACAGAUUUGCAAUCUUUCUGCAAGUCAUGGGAGGUGGCUAACAGCAGUUAAACCGGUGCUGCUUUGUGAUAUAGCUAUGUCAACUAGAACAAAGAUUCCAAGAAUAGUAUGUACAGUUUUCAUUUCUGCUUGGAGUUAAUGUAAAAUAGGUAUUUGUGUAACAAAUAUCAUUUUCUUCUGAACUUUUUUUUUGUUUAAUCAAUUAAUGAACUUUGUGUCUUUGUUCCUAAGUUUGGGUAGAUGCAUGCAUAUUGUUACUUUAGAGGAACAAAUGAAUAAACACUAGAAGGCUUAGAGUA